AUGGACGUCGACGUGGUCGUGGACGUGGACGUGGUCGUGGACGUGGCCGUGGACGUGGACGUGGUCGUUGACGUGGACGUGGUCGUGGUCGUGGACGUGGUCGUGGACGUGGACGUGGUCGCAAAGUGGUCGUGGACGUGGUCGCAGACGUGGUCGUGGACGUGGUCGAGGACGUGGUCGUGGACGUGGGUCGUGGACGUGGUCGUGGUCGUGAACGUGGACGUGGACGUGGACGUGGACGUGGUCGUGGAAGUGGACGUGGACGUGGUCCUGAACAUGGUCGUGGUCGUGGACGUGGACGUGGACGUGGACGUGGUCGUGGACGUGGCCGUGGACGUGGUCGUGGACGUGGACGUGGUCGUGGACGUGGACGUGGUCGUGGACGUGGUCGUGGACGUGGGUGCAGACGUGGUCGUGGACGUGGGUGCAGACGUGGUCGUGGAGGUGGUCGUGGGUUGUAGACGUGGACGUGGUCGUGGUCGUGGGUCGUGGACGUGGUCGUGGUCAUGGACGUGGUCGUGGGUGGUGGAUGUGGCCGUGGACGUGGACGUGGACGUGGUCGUGGACGUGGUCGUGGUCGUGGUCGUGGUCAUGGUCAUGGACGUGGAAGUGGACGUGGUCGUGGACGUGGUCGUGGAUGUGGACGUGGACGUGGGCGCAGACAUGGUCGUGGACGUGGUCGUGGGUUGUAGACGUGGACGUGGUCGUGUCGUGGGUCGUGGACGUGGUCGUGGUCAUGGACGUGGUCGUGGGUUGUAG